UUGACCCAUGCAUAACAACAAUCUCGAAAUUUUCUUGAUUUUUCUCAAGUAUCUUCGGAAUUUCGGCAAGUUUGUGAUGUUGAUCGUUUAGAAGAUGGCACGGAUUAGUAGUUGUUAAUCCACUCCUGAUAUUCACGGUGGUGAGGUUUUGCCAUGACUGCUGUGGCACGUAGCCAUGGUAAACAAACGGCUAAGAUGGACCUUGGUGGCCCGCUCCCAUCUGCUGGUGUUGAAGCUGUCACACAGAUGCAUGCUGCUGCCGUUAAUGGGGACAAGUCCAUGCUUGCCAAGCUCAUUGUUGCGAGUACGAGAGACAUUGACGUAGGUGACCAGUUUGGUCGGACGCCCCUGAUGUUCUGUGUGCUGGCAGACCGCCCUGAAUGUGCAGAGCUCCUUUUGAAGGCUGGGGCGUCAGUUGACAAGAAGGAUCGAGGAGGGCGCACAGCGUUACACUGGGCGGCACACAAGGGUAACUUUAAGUUACUGCGUGUGUUGCUCUCCAAGGGGGCCCUCUGGAAGGAGAAGGAUAACGAGGGGCAGACACCGCUUCAUCUCUCAACGCGCCACAAGUCACCCAAAUGUCUCGCACUGUUGAUGAAACAUGUUGGCAUUGGAGAGAUCGAUGAUCAGGAUAAGAAUAAGCGAACUGCCCUCCACUGGAGUUCCUCCUACGGAAACCUGGAACACAUCAAGAUGCUGAUCAAACAGGACUCCAACAUCGGUAUCCCAGAUACUGAGGGGAAGACACCACUUCACUGGGCUGCGAGUAGCCACGAUUCGCAGGCGGUUAACUGUGUCAACUUGUUAUUGGAGACUGCCCCAAGUGUGAUCAACUGGCAAGACUAUGAAGGGCGGACAGCCCUCCAUCUUGCUGUGGCAGACGGCAACGAGGCGGUCUGUGAUGCCCUGACUUCCCUUGAGAAAUGUAGCGUCUCUGCUCUUGAUAACAUGUUUCGCACCCCGCUCCACUGGGCAGCUGUUCUCGGCCACGCCAACAUCGUCAAUCUCCUCCUCAACAGAAACGCUGACUAUUCCAGCUCUGACUCCAAUGGGGCAACACCUUUACACUACGCUGCACAAAAUAAUUAUUCUGAAACAGUCGAAGUCUUCCUAAAACGGCGAGAAAUCCGUGACGAACCGGACGUAGAUGGACGGACAGCAUUUAUGUGGGCGGCCGGGAAGGGAGCCAAUGACGUCAUAGAAACGUGGGUGAAAUAUGGUGGUGACAUCCACGAGGUGGAUAAGAAUGGUGGUACAGCCCUUCACGCUGCGGCAGUGGCAGGACAUGCGACCACCGUGAAACUACUCCUCGCCGCCAAGGCUUCCAUUGACGGCACCGAUCUCAUGAAACACACACCGUUAUUCCGGGCAUGUGAGAUGGGACACACAGAUGUGGUGCAGACGCUGAUUGAUCUGGGCGCGAGGGUCGAUAUGCUGGAUCAAGAUGGCCGAUCUCCUCUUCAUUGGGCUGCCCUUGGUGGCCAUGCCUACAUCUGCCAGAUCCUCAUCAAAUACGGCGUUGAUCCAAACAUCCGGGACCUGUCUGGACGGACGCCCCUCCAGUGUGCGGCGUACGGCGGCUUCGUCAACUGUAUGUCUGUGUUGAUAGAACACCAGUCAGACCCCAACGCUCAGGACAAUGAGGGCAUGACAGCGCUCCACUGGGGUUGCAGUAAAGGUCACCUGGAUGCUGUCAAGCUGCUACUGGAAUAUCAUGCCUUCCCCAACCACAUGGAGUUCACAGAGGACAGGUACACACCUCUGGACUACGCCCUGAUAGGGGAACAUCAUGAUGUCGCCCAGUUCAUGAUGGAGCAAGGUGGUCUUUCAAUCUCUGGCAUCCAGGAAAUCGCCGCAGCAAAGAUCCAGUCGUACUUCCGAGGUUUCCGGGUGCGGAAGACGUUCUUGGAACGGAAGAAACUCCUGAUGAAACAUGACCAGCUCAGGAAGGAUGCUGCCAAGAAACGUGCCGAGGAAGAGUACAAGAAGAAAGAAGAUAUCCGUAAUAAACGUGAGGUUGAAGAACGACGGCGUAGGGAGGAGGAAAAGAGCCAGGUGGCGCAGUCAAGAGCUUCAAGCGCGACGGUACAGAAACCAUCAACACCGAGUACGACACCUCGAGUGGAGACAGUGAGCAUGACAGGAUCAGGGACGACAGGAUCGGGGAUGGUGAGGUCAUCGCGGAAGAAACGAAACAAGGAAUUGACGGAGGAGGAGAAGAUUCUGAUCAAACGACAGGAGAAGAAGGAGAUUGUUGACGCGGAGAGAAUGAGGCAGGCUGAGUUCCGACGGAAAUGGAAGGCCGCAGUCGUUAUACAGAGGUGUUGGAGAUAUUAUCUCUAUUUCAAGAAAGGUCUGAUGAAAAAAGCCGCCGAUAACAUCCGAACAAAGCGGUUAGCGGCCGGAGAAGAGGAGUGGUACAGACAGAUUGCCGCUCUGACGAUACAGCUCGCUUGGAGGAAGUAUUACCGCCGCAAACUGAUGCGGUCGCUGACACCCAGGAGUCGUCACAUCAUGCACAUGUGGGAUCCAGAAGUGAUCGCGACAAAGCAGCGAGCUAUGCUCAGGGAUAUCUAUUGUGAAGAGCUCCAGGUUCCGGUAUGGCAUCCCAAACUACAUCCUCCAGUUCGACCUUCGUGGUUCAAAUAUAUUCCUUCCCCAGCUGCCCUGUCUUUCAACUUUGCCGUUGACCAGUAUCACCCCCUAGUGGCAAGACGAGGAUCUUCCAGACUGACGUACAUGAACGAUAACAGUACGAGGGUUCGCCCGUUCUCCAUGAAGCGAGAGAGUGAGGGUUGGUGUCAUGUCACAGAUGAGGCUUCCAAGGAACUCCACGGGGUCAAGUUAUCGGACAAAGCAGAUCGUUCAAAGACAUGGUCAUACAACAUGAGAGAAUUCUAACUUGGGUUUGGAUCGUGGAAUGAAAAGUGCCAAAUUAGGGAUGAUUUAGGGUCAUCACAGAAUGAUGGGUUCACUAUGACACUGGCUGCCCAGGGCUGUGUAACAUUGUGACCAUGCUAUUACAGUCCAGUGACAAGAGGUCAGCCCAGGGCUGUGUAACAUUGUGACCAUGCUAUUACAGUCCAGAGACAAGAGGUCAGCCCAGGGCUGUGUAACAUUGUGACCAUGCUAUUACAGUCCAGAGACAAGAGGUCAGCCCAGGGCUGUGUAACAUUGUGACCAUGCUAUUACAGUCCAGAGACAAGAGGUCAACCCAGGGCUGUGUAACAUUGUGACCAUGCUAUUACAGUCCAGAGACAAGAGGUCAGCCCAGGGCUGUGUAACAUUGUGACCAUGCUAUUACAGUCCAGAGACAAGAGGUCAACCCAGGGCUGUGUAACAUUGUGACCAUGCUAUUACAGUCCAGAGACAAGAGGUCAGCCCAGGGCUGUGUAACAUUGUGACCAUGCUAUUACAGUCCAGUGACAAGAGGUCAACCCAGGGCUGUGUAACAUUGUGACCAUGCUAUUACAGUCCAGAGACAAGAGGUCAGCCCAGGGCUGUGUAACAUUGUGACCAUGCUAUUACAGUCCAGAGACAAGAGGUCAACCCAGGGCUGUGUAACAUUGUGACCAUGCUAUUACAGUCCAGAGACAAGAGGUCAGCCCAGGGCUGUGUAACAUUGUGACCAUGCUAUUACAGUCCAGAGACAAGAGGUCAACCCAGGGCUGUGUAACAUUGUGACCAUGCUAUUACAGUCCAGUGACAAGAGGUCAGCCCAGGGCUGUGUAACAUUGUGACCAUGCUAUUACAGUCCAGAGACAAGAGGUCAGCCCAGGGCUGUGUAACAUUGUGACCAUGCUAUUACAGUCCAGAGACAAGAGGUCAACCCAGGGCUGUGUAACAUUGUGACCAUGCUAUUACAGUCCAGUGACAAGAGGUCAGCCCAGGGCUGUGUAACAUUGUGACCAUGCUAUUACAGUCCAGAGACAAGAGGUCAGCCCAGGGCUGUGUAACAUUGUGACCAUGCUAUUACAGUCCAGAGACAAGAGGUCAGCCCAGGGCUGUGUAACAUUGUGACCAUGCUAUUACAGUCCAGAGACAAGAGGUCAGCCCAGGGCUGUGUAACAUUGUGACCAUGCUAUUACAGUCCAGAGACAAGAGGUCAGCCCAGGGCUGUGUAACAUUGUGACCAUGCUAUUACAGUCCAGUGACAAGAGGUCAGCCCAGGGCUGUGUAACAUUGUGACCAUGCUAUUACAGUCCAGAGACAAGAGGUCAGCCCAGGGCUGUGUAACAUUGUGACCAUGCUAUUACAGUCCAGUGACAAGAGGUCAGCCAAGUACCUAUAGCAAGAUCUGAUAAACACACACUGACAAACAAGCUUACUGUUGGCUGAUCUCUGUCACAUUGUUAAUGUUAGUGCUAGUCCUGUUUAAUAGAAAGAAUCAAAAUAGUACAAGAUAUGCUGUCCUCAAAAUGAUGCAAUAUCCCGGUAAUACUACUGAUUGUGUGAGUGCAUGGCAGGUAGAUUAACAUCUGGGUUGGGUCACAAUGAUUCCCUCGGAUGAGGUUUUGUGUGGAUCUGAUAUUGAUAUUAGCGGGUAGUAAGAUAGAGAUGUUCGUCGACACUUAUUAUCACAGCACAGUAUUUAAAGUUGUCGUUUUGAGAGUACUUUUAUACCAUUUGAUAGUUUUACUGCUGUAAGGGUUGAGGUUUUAGGGGGUGGGGCUCUUUAUGCAAACAUUUUCAAGAUUAUUUCUUACCCUUUUGAAUCAUGACUUGAAUGAAAGAGUACGUCCAAUCGUGGGGGGUCAUGUUGAGCGUACCUCACCAUGCUGAUUGGGGUAAGAUUUUAAGUGACCAGCCUCUUUAUGCAAACGUUUCCAAUCAUGAUUUUACCGUUUAUAAAACUUGUGUACAUGAAGGGGAUUUUAAAGCUUUGUUAAUUCAUGUAUUUACACUCAACCUUGUAUAGUUUAUACAUUGUAGAAUUUUUGUAUAUAACCAUGUACAUGUUGCAUUUGCUGACUAAAC